UCGAACCCCCUUCCUUCCUUCCUUCCUUCCCCUCUUCUUAUCGCCAGAUUAGUCAGUCUUCCGCGCACGUGUUAGUUCAUUCAUCAUGGCGACUUUCUUUCAGAGUGUGUAUGUGGUUCCCCUCCUUCCCUUUACCCCCCCCUUCUCUCUCCUGUUCUCUCAACUAUGCAUCUUCCUACCUGGCCCUUAACUCUUGCAUCUCGGCGCCGGUGGACCAGUGCUGCUGCAUGCCGGGGCGCACAAAGAAUGAUGCCCCUGAAUCUGUGGCCAUGAGCACCGUGCUGUCCUUUGUUUCAGCACCUCACCUCCUGGCGCUCUCCUUUUCGCCUCUCCCCCCUCCCCACAUAUUCUUUUGAACCAGCUAGAACUGACUUGCGACUCGAUUCCCUUUCCAGCCGCCAAGGGUUUGGCAGAGGCAAUAACAACAAGAACAACAACAAUAACAACAACAACGCGAAGAUGAACAAUGGAAGUCCGGUCCCGUCGCCGACCCCUCAGAUCCCCACGGCCGGCCAUGUGCCCAACUCUCCAUCGCUCACCUCGAGUCUCUCCGUCGACACCUCCGCCACGUACGACCCCGAUGCUCCCAAGUAUUUCUUCCAAGAGAAAUAUGCCCCCCUCAAUGUGAAGGGCAAUUUCUUGACAUUGUGUGCUUGUCCCAAGAACGUGGAGCUGGGUGAAUGGCUGGCCCAUCAGAUUGUCGAACAAUAUCGCCUGCUCCACGGCAUGCUUCAGGUGAUUCAAGAGGUCAAUAGCCUCACUGGACUGCCGAUCUGUAACGAGAACACUUGCCCCACCAUGUCGGCUGGCCGUCUGACAUACACCUGGCUGGUGGACGGCCGUGCCGCCAAGAUCUCGGCCCCCAAGUUCAUCAACCGUGUCGAGAAAUGGAUCGUCAGCAAGAUUCAUGACCCGGUCAUGUUUCCUACGGAAAAGGUAACGGGCAUGCCGGAUACCUUUGCGCUGAAUGAAGCGGGAGGCCCCAGCGCUACCUCUGGGGAGGAGUGGAUUGGCAAGUCUAGCGGCUUCCCGCAGACGUUCUACAAAGACUGCCAGGGCAUCAUGAAGCAGAUGUUCCGUUGCUACGCCCAUCUGUACCAUGCGCACUGGCUAAACCCUUUCUGGCACAUCAACAAGCACGACAUCCUCAACAUGUGCUUCGUCCACUUCGUCACGGUGGCCAAGUACUACAAGCUCGUCUCCGACAAAGAGAUGGAGCCGAUGCAACCACUCAUCGACCUGUUCAUCAAGCAGCAGCGCAUUCCUCCAGAGGCCCUGUCAGGAGGCCACUGGGGCCAGCAGCAAGCCUCUAGCUGAGCUAGAGUGUAGCCGAACAUAUUAUUCUUUCACCAGCAAGAAGUUGUCUGACCUGGCGUUGGAACUCACUAUCGGAUUAGGCGGCCAUACUCGUUCCUAUGAUCGCCAUUUCUUGGUGUCUUGCCUUCUACAUGGAGCCCAUGGAUUAUAUGACACAAAGUUGGCGUUAAAGCAUUUAGCAUGCGGUGAAUAUCUUCUUUCUGUCACUCUUGCAUAUCAUGUGGCAAUCCCCCACCAACUAUGCGAUUACUGUAGCCUAGAUUAACAUGGUGCAUGCUGGCUGGACGAGGGGUUGUUGAAUUUUCUGGAACUAGCCUGAUGUGAAGAUGGCACUGUUCAGCCAAACUGAGAUUAUGAACAAUACAACAGAGAGCCCGGUCCCAUAGAGUAGACCAUAGAGAUAGCUCGGGAGGGCCCGUUUCGACUAGCAUGCAUGA